UGGCUCGAUCGACAGAGGCCGCAGGUGCGAAGUUAAGACGCGGUGCGAGACGCACCCGUACCUUAAACUCGCACCACUACUAUCACCUGCCCACCAACUAAACCACUCUCUGCCUCCAUCCAUACUCGCGUACACAUCCUCCCAUAACUUCCCCCCCUCCCCCCAGAACACUCAUACCUUUCAGCACUGCUUUGAAACAUGGACUCUUUCGCGUUCUUAAAGGCGGCUCGAGAGAAGGUGCAGCAAAGCACCUUCAGGCUCAACCCAUUCGGAAAUGAGGAGUCAAGCUUCGACGAAAUUCAAUACAUGACGAUGCUCGACUUCUUGGAGUUGGGAGAGGCGCCGCGUCCUGCCCCAGUUCCGCCCACUAACAAGCCAGUCGUUGUUAAACCACCAGCUGUUCAACCAACCAGUGAUGAGACAAGCUCUGUUAAGCUCCACCAUCCGCGUCCGAGACGCAUUCCCGCUCAUAUAGAUGCGCUUGCGUGCUUUGAAGAGAUGGCACAGAGAAUAGACUGCGCCGAGUUCGUUGCCAAUAGCAAAGGAGCGAAGGAGCCAUUCCGCGGACCUGUAUUUAGGCGCCUUACGGAGGAAGAAGCCGCCGCCGAGCGGGCUAAGUGGGCUUCGUUCGACGCUGCUGAGUUCACUCCGCGACGUAAACGCGAACGAGUAUUCUUCCCUCCGGAGGAGAAAGUUCAAACACAGCAAGCGUCCAUGAACUCCUCGGAAGGCCUGGCCUGUAUCUCUCCGAGCUUCUUGGAUAACUUCCCAGACCAUGCAAAGCGUCAAGCACUCUGGGGUUACGGACCACGUCCUGAAGACCUCCCGAGACCAUCCUUUGUGCUGACGAGCGCGACAAUUCGGAAGGUUGUGCCUCCAUCUAGCCCCUCCCCACCAUUGCCCUUCCAAAACAGGGCAGCCAGUGCAGUCGGGCAGAGCUUUGGAGCUAAUCUCGUUCAUAGUAGUGGAGCCGGUCCACUCGACUACUACGAGGAGGACUUCCCAAACUACUCGUGGACCGAACACUCAAGCGAUUUUGACGACGUCGGACGGUACGAAGAAGGCAAUGGCCACAACUUCUGUGAACUAAUCGAUGAUGAAUCAUAUUCGGACGAGGAUGACGAAUACGAGGAAUGUGAGAACUAUACAGGUUCCGAGCAUUUUGGAUACGAUGCAGACGACGACACUUUCGGCGCAGAAGAUGGUUCCGUGUACGCCCCGUCUCCUCGCGCUAGUCCAAACCCAUUCGUAUUCCCAUGUCCCUAUCCAUCAACAGGGUCUCUCACUUACUCCUCAUCCCCUUCUCCCUCGAGUUUGGCUCCCUCUAGCUAUUCUGGAUCCUCUGAAGACGCCGAGUGGGAAUUUUCACCACUUACAGAUUGGACGCAGUCAGACGUCAUUUCUGAUAAUGCAGCAAGACUCGUCGACCCUAUCUGCCAAACGAUGUCGCGUCUGGCAAUUCGACUCGAGGUUUCGAAGACAAACCGAAUUGACGCUUCUUACCGUUUCUCUUUCCUCUCCUCACCCUUCGCUUCGGCCGCGAUGCCUGCACGUUUAGGCGGCAUAACGAACGACAACGCCGGACACAAUGUUUCUACUGGGUCCGACUGCUCAUGGGUUACGGAGGCCGUCGACUUCCGUGUUCCUAGCCUUUGGACAUAA